AUGACCACCGCCUCCACUUCUUCCUCUUCCACCAAAAGGUCCCAGACUGAUGACGUGGGCCAGACUCCUGCUGAGCCUUUGGAGUCGAUCGCACCAACCGAUUCACAUGCCGCCGCUGAGACCGCCGACAAACCUUCGGCUAGUAAAGUUGCCAAGGUGGACAAGCAUCCGGAACAUGAAGCAACCGAGGAGAAGCAAGACGGUCUUCACGUUGAAGACGAGGAUGAGGACGAGGACGACUCGAAUGCGAUCGCCCCGUCUCAAAUCGCCAACCUUACCAAGCUGUACGAGGACGGUAUUCUCGAAGUCGUCAAUGAUGGGGAGACGGUCCACCAUCCUUGCAAUGCGACGCACAAUAAAAUCAUUUCCCUGUGGUACGCACGCCUUGAAGCUCUGCUUACACGAGCCGAACGAUGAACGCUCCUUGGGCCCCACAUUGACCUUGGAGCCUCCCUCCCAUUGUGAUCGUAGGCAAGGCGAUAUCACAGUCCGUCCACGACUCCCGCGUCUUUGCGAUCAUCACUUCGUUCUGACGGACACCCCUACUCCGACCCACAGCACCUCAAAGUAGACGCCAUCGUCAACGCGGCCAACAACUCGCUCCUCGGAGGCGGUGGCGUCGACGGAGCGAUCCAUCGAGCCGCUGGACCCAGUCUACUUAAAGAAUGCAGACCUUUAAAAGGGUGCGAAACCGGUCGGACCAAGAUCACCAAAGGUCAUAGACUGCCCUCCAAACAUGUCUUGCACACCGUCGGCCCGAUCUAUUCGAGGAAUGAUCGACAAGAGAGUGAAGAGUUGCUCAGGGGUUGCUACAAGACGUGUUUGGCCUUGGUCAAGGAGCAUGCACUCACCUCGGUGGUGCGUACAUCAAAUUUUGUCAAUAUUGUCGCUCGAGUGUGCUGAGCAUGAAGAUCAUGUUCGUGCAGGCUUUCUCGGGCAUCUCGACCGGCGUCUACGGUUAUCCCCUGAGCGAAGCCGCCCAAGUCGCCCUUGACGAGGUCCGCCAAUUCCUCGACAAUGAUGAGUAUGGAUCCAAGGCAAGUCCUGCGAUACACAUACUCUGCUCUGGACUCGAAAUUGGGACCAGCUGACUAAGAUCUUUCUCCUCUACGACCGCGCAUCGCUCAGAUCAAGCACAUCGUCUUCACCAACUUUCGACAGAUUGAUGUCGAUCAAUGUAAGCGUCGGUUCUCCCUAUUGCCUCAGCGAUCUCGAAUCUUCCAUUCACUUUCUAUCAUUGUUGCAUCGCUCUCCAGAUCUUCGCCAUGUACCGGACUACUUCCCGCCCGCUCCGUCAGAGGUGCAAGAUGAGUCGAAAGAGCCCGAAGAGGGGGCCUGA